ACUCACAUAAGAAAAAGGAAGAGAAGAGAAAAGAGAAGAGAAGGGAGAAGAGAUGGAAGCGAAGGAGCAGGAUGUGUCGUUGGGAGCUAACAAGUUCCCGGAAAGGCAGCCGAUCGGUACGGCGGCGCAGAGCCAAGACGAGCCGAAGGACUACCAGGAGCCACCGCCAGCUCCACUGUUCGAGCCAUCUGAGCUGACGUCAUGGUCAUUCUACAGAGCCGGAAUCGCGGAGUUCGUUGCCACUUUCCUUUUUCUCUACAUCACCAUCUUGACCGUCAUGGGCGUCAACAGAGCACCCAACAAGUGCGCUUCCGUCGGUAUCCAAGGUAUCGCUUGGGCCUUCGGUGGUAUGAUCUUCGCUCUCGUUUACUGCACCGCCGGUAUCUCAGGGGGUCAUAUAAACCCGGCCGUGACGUUUGGGUUGUUCUUGGCGAGGAAGUUGUCGUUGACAAGGGCGGUUUUCUACAUAGUGAUGCAGUGCCUUGGAGCUAUCUGCGGUGCAGGUGUGGUGAAGGGAUUCGAGGGAAAGAACUUGUACGGAACCUAUGGAGGUGGUGCCAACAAGGUGAACGACGGCUACACCAAGGGCGAUGGCCUUGGUGCUGAGAUCGUUGGUACCUUCAUCCUUGUCUACACCGUCUUCUCCGCCACUGAUGCUAAGCGUAACGCUAGAGAUUCACACGUCCCUAUUUUGGCACCGUUGCCAAUUGGAUUCGCUGUGUUCUUGGUGCACUUGGCCACCAUCCCUAUCACCGGAACUGGUAUCAACCCUGCUCGCAGUCUUGGUGCUGCUAUCAUCUUCAACAAGCACGAUGGCUGGCAUGAGCACUGGGUGUUCUGGGUUGGACCAUUCAUUGGUGCAGCUCUUGCAGCUCUCUACCACGUGGUGGUAAUCAGAGCCAUUCCCUUUAAGUCCAAGUGAUGAUCUCAAAAUCCAACGGUUCAUGACCAACCAAGUUGUGAAAACUCAAGAAGGAAAAAAGAAAAAUAAUCAUGAAGCAUUGAAUGUUUGUGGAGUACUGGAGCUCGUUUCAUCAUCAUCAUUAUCCGUUUAUCCUUUUCUCUCUAAGGCUUUGUAUUUUGUAAUUUAUGUAAAGAAUGUAUGUAAUUUUAUGAUGAAGAAUGAAUAUUAUUAUUACUACUAAAUUAAACAUUAGGGUGGUGGUGCAUGUGUCUCCGUCGUGGGCCAGUUAUCCUCUGCUUUUAAGUUUGGAGUGGGCCCAAUCUCAUGUGUGAUGUACGGCUGUGAUUGUGUAAUUUUACUGUUUUGCCAGUCA